AUAUAAGCCUGCGCUCGGGAACAGUGAACUAACUGUGCCUGCUAGAGCCAGCCACCUCGUCCUUCUCUCGUCGGAGCGGAUCGCAGCUAGGCAAAGGCUCUUGGAGAGGACGACGCGGGACCAUGGAGAACCAAUUCACAUAUGAAGAUUAUCAGAACACUGCAGAAUGGCUGCUGUCUCACACCACGCACCGCCCUCAAGUGGCCGUGAUCUGUGGUUCUGGCCUAGGAGGUCUGACUGAUAAAUUAACGGAGGCCCAGGCCUUUAACUACAGUGAGAUACCCAAUUUUCCCCAAAGUACAGUGCCAGGUCAUGCUGGUCAGCUGGUGUUUGGCUUCCUGAAUGGCAGAUCGUGUGUGAUGAUGAAAGGCAGGUUCCAUUUGUAUGAAGGGUACCCACUCUGGAAGGUGACAUUCCCUGUGAGGGUUUUCCGGCUUCUGGGUGUGGACACCUUGGUGGUCACCAACGCAGCUGGAGGUCUUAACCCCAAAUUUGAGGUUGGAGACAUCAUGCUGAUUCGCGAUCACAUCAACCUUCCUGGUUUCUGUGGACAGAACCCUCUCAAAGGACCCAAUGAGGACAGGUUUGGAGUUCGUUUCCCUGCCAUGUCAGAUGCUUAUGACCGGACUAUCAGGCAGAAGGCUCUGAGUACUUGGAAGCAGAUGGGGGAGCAGCGAGAGCUGCAAGAAGGCACCUAUGUGAUGGUGGCAGGUCCCAGCUUCGAGACUAUCGCAGAGUGUCAUCUGCUGCAGAAGUUGGGGGCGGAUGCUGUUGGCAUGAGCACCGUGCCAGAAGUGAUCGUCGCCCGGCACUGCGGACUUCGAGUCUUUGGCUUCUCACUCAUCACUAACAAAGUCAUCUUCGAUUAUGAAAAGCUGGAAAAGGCCAACCACGAGGAAGUCUUGGAAGCCGGGAAACAAGCUGCCCAUAAACUGGAACAGUUUGUCUCCAUUCUCGUGUCCAGCCUUCCGCUCCCUGGCAAUGUCAGCUGACCAGCCCUGGGGUGGCCAGGCCUCUCCGUGUUCGGA